AACAGCUGCGAGUCCAACACUUAAUAAUCGCAUUCUCUACUGACUUUGCCAAGAUGGUAUCCAUAAACACGUUCUCUAAACUCUGCGCAAUUGUGGCAUUUUGGUACUCUGCCACGGUCACAUCUACUGAGGUAGCCCAAGAGCAACCCAAGAAGGACUCAGUUGUCAGAAGAUUCUUCGGUAAGAAUGAGAAAUCUGCCACUAAAUCUCAUGACAUAUCCGAAUCGACGAAAAUUUACACUCAAAAACACAGUGAAACAGGUCGCCCCAAGUACGACGUAGAAUGUUUUUUGCCGUGGUUGUUGUCCCUUUCUGUGCCAAAAGAUUGUAAUGAGCCAAUAGAGACCGAAGUGGAACAAGACAUUAGGGAGUAUUUCUUAUGGAGUGACUUUGAAUGGUAUAUGCUGCCCGAGCCGGGAAGCAGAACUACCCUACUUAAUUUGUUGCCACCUGAUUUGGCCUCUAUGAUCCCAGAAGACUGUAACGAACCAAUAGAGCUCGCAGUUGAAAAACAAAUCUGGAAGUAUUUAUCAUCGAGUGAGCAUGAGCAGCAGGCAAUGCGUCUAUCUUGAUAUCAUU